CUACCCCUACUACUACUACUACCCCUACUACUACUACUACUACCCCUACUACUACUACUACUACCCCUACUACUACUACCCCUGCUCCUGCACCUGAUGCUAACGAGGGUUUUAGUAUUGGUAUGGGUGGUGUAGUUGUUAUAAGUGGCAAAAACACUCUGCCGGCUACAUUUAGAGCCGCUUUAAAUCCCUUCCUGCAACAAGCCAAGGUUUCGAUUUCGGGUAAUGACGAGUGUAGGAUGGAUUCAUCAAUUGGACAAUACGUCAUAGACACAAAUAUCUGUGUUAGUACUCCUGGCAAAUUCACAUGCACAGGUGAUGUCGGCGGUCCAGUAGUUGUUCUAUCGUCGACGGGAACCUGGACUUUGGUUGGAAUCAACAGCUACACCAAAGACUGCGCUUCCAAUGGCCUCAAAACCAGAGUGUCGGCGUUCGUGCCUUGGAUUAAUUUAUACCUAAAUUAAAAAUAAUACCACGCGGAUAUAAUGACGACCACCAACGUGGGAAGACUUUACGUUGAUUAUUUUUCAUCGUUUUUCUUUAUUUCCCUGAAAUAUCUUGGAAUUUUCUUUCAAAAUCUAUUUCAUUCUUCGGUUUCGGCUGGAUAUUUGGUGAUAAUUUUAAACCUAAGCUAUUUACUGCAUGAGUACAUUUAUUUCGAGAUCCCAAUAAACAUUAGUUCAAGCACUA